UUAAUAACGAAUUAUAUAGGGAGGUAGUAAACAAGAUUUCUAACCAUUUUUUUAGGAGGGGGGUAAUCCGUAAUAAGCUUAUAUAUAGGGUGAAUAAUGUGGUAUGUCCGGAAACUUCUUAAUUAUAAAGAAGAUGGAUUUCGUUCAAAGGUUUGACGGUGUGGAGAACAGAAAAGAGAUUCACAACGGCAAUUAGAUCAGCCACCUAGCUGAAUAUCGGCAGGGUUUCAUUGGAACUUAUGCAGCUCCAAAGCAAGGCGAAUCUUCAGAUUCCGAAGGAGCCAAUCCCGGACAAUCAGCAAUGGAUGACAGCAGGCUUUUCACUGUUGGAUUUGAUGAUGAGCCACCAACCUCUCCUCCCAAGCAGCAGAGGAAGACAGAGAGGAAGAGGUUGAGGAAGGCCGAUCAGGGGACAUCCUCCCGAUCCGCCCCCCUCCUCCCCGAGCAGCCUGAACCUGUUCGGGAUGUAGAACCUGUGCAGCAGGUUGCUCCUGAUCAGCAAACUCAUGCUGAUACGCUGAUGGAUCAGCUUUUUUCUGACCAGCAGUCCCACCAUUUUUCUGCUGAGGAGGUGGCUGCCCAUCAGGCUGACUUGGCUAGUCAGUUCGAGCGGAUCUCCCUCUAUGAUCCUGCUCAUGAAAUGCUGGAGAGGGGUGGCUGUCCAGCGAGCCAGAUCUGGUCCACCUCUGGUUUCCUUAAUGGACACAACCUUCCCCCAAUACCGGUGGAGGAGAUCGAGGAGUGCAUUGCCCUGACUGUCCUGAAGGCCGGGAUAUACAGCCUGAAGCUCAAGGAGACCAGGCAGGCCAAGGAACAAGGCUUGCUGAUGGCCAAGGAAACGGCUGAGCAGGCGGUGGAAGCUGAACGGCGAGUAUUUGCCGAGGAGCGGAAGAAGCUGGAAGCUGAGGCCGGGGAGCUUCGUGUCCAAGUGGGCUCUCUCCAAGCCAAAAUUGCGGCCGCUGAGGCCGCUCAGGUCAAGUUUUCUGAAGCUCCUCCUCAAAUCCCGGACGGCCCGGCCGAAAUGUUAGUUGAUCUAUCUGCUGUUCGGGAUCAAUUCAAAGCUUCCGAGGAGUUUCUGGCUCUCAAGGAAGAAUAUGCCACCGAACAGCUCCCUGCUAUCUUCGGAAGGCACCUGGAGAAACUGGCCGGAGAAGAGCGCCAGAAGGAGGGGAUCAGGGUGCUUGAUCAGCACCCUAUCACCAAGGAGUGGGCUGACAAUCUCGCCCGAGGGGUCUACAGCUCAGGCUGUCAACAUAUGCUCCAGCCCCUCCUUCCCCUCCUGGAAAAACACAUGGGCCGAGUAGUGCAAUCUUCUGACUUCCCCUCUGACCUCCAUCCGGGUCAUCUGAACGCCCUAAUGGCACAGAUGAAAAAGUGCCGGCGAGCCCUGGGGAUGGAGGUGGUGCAAAUUGUUGAUGAGGCUGAUGAAGACGAUGAUGAAGACGAUGAAGAUCAUCCCGAACAAUAGAUUAGACAUUAUCUGUAUUUCCU